AUGGCUUCUCCAAUUCUGCGAUCACCGAUUACUUCGGACCUCGCCAACGUAACACCCGAUUUGGUGGAUGUUAGCACUCCCGAAAAAUUGAAAUCCUACCGCGAAUCACUUGAACCAAUCUUCACUUUGGAGAAUAUCAUCCGAGGGAAAGAGAACAUCAUCUCCUACGAGGAACUGGACAUCCCAGGCCCCGCAGGACCGAUGCGGGCCACCAUCUUCCGCCCCAAGCACCAAACCCACCCUAUCGAUGAAAUCCCUGGUAUCCUACACAUCCACGGCGGGGGCCUCGCCACGGGAAACCGCUUCCUGGGCUUCACCAUGCUCGACUGGGUCGAGUCCCUCGGUGCCGUCUGCCUGACGGCCGAGUACCGUCUCGCCCCGGAACAUCACCAGCCCGCCCAGCUGGAAGACAGCUACGCCGCGCUGCAGUGGAUGAGCGACCACGCCGCCGAGCUGGGCUUCAACCCGCGCAAGCUGGUUGUCUGCGGUAGCUCGGCGGGGGGCAAUCUCACGGCGGGGGUCACCUUACUCGCGCGGGACCGCUCGGGCCCGCAAAUCCGCGGCCAGGUGUUGAUCUAUCCGUGGGUUGACGAUGGCAUGGACUACGUGUCCAUGCGGCAGUAUGCGGAUAUUGCGCCUGUGAGGGACGUGGACGCCGCCGUGUUGGCUAAUUAUGCGUUUGGCGAGAGGCGCGAGCACGCGGAUAUGUAUACUGUGCCGAUGCGCGCGACGAAUUUCGCGGGCUUGCCCCCGACGUUUAUCGAUGUGGGUGAGGCGGAUGUGUUUCGUGAUCAGGAUAUCGCGUACGCGUCGGCUUUGUGGAAGGAUGGUGUCUCGACUGAGUUGCAUCUGUGGCCGGGCAGUUGGCAUGGGUUUGAUGUCUUUGUUCCUGAUGCUCCCAUUAGUCGGCGGGCGAGGGCUGCUCGGUUGGAAUGGCUUCGGAAGUUGUUAAGUGUGCCUGACGGUAUCUAG